AGCACGGGGCGGGGCCUGCGUGCGGGGGCGGGGCCGCGGCGCUCGGGGCUGGCGGGCUCGGAUGGCGGCGGCGCAGGGCUCCUGAGCGGGCCGGGGCCAUGAGCGCCGCCCGGCCCCAGUUCAGCAUCGAUGACGCCUUCGAGCUGUCCCUGGAGGACGCGGGCCCGGGGCCCGAAUUCAGCGGGGUCGCCCGCUUCGGGCCGCUGCACUUCGAGCGCCGAGCCCGGUUCGAGGUGGCCGACGAGGACAAGCAGUCCCGGCUGCGCUACCAGAACCUGGAGAAUGAUGAGGAUGCAGCCCAAGCCUCUCCGGAGCCGGAUGGGGGAGUCAGCAUCAGGGAUUCCAGCCGAACGUCCAUCCGCAGCUCCCAGUGGUCCUUCAGCACCAUCAGCAACAGCACCCAGCGAUCCUACCAUGCCUGCUGCAGCUGGACGCAACACCCUUUGAUCCAGAAGAACCGCCGGGUGGUGCUGGCCUCCUUCCUACUCCUGCUGCUGGGGAUGGCGCUGAUCCUGAUCGCCGUGGGACUGGAGGUGGCCCCCUCGCCAGGUGUCUCCAGCGCCAUCUUCUUCGUGCCCGGCUUCCUGCUGUUGGUCCCGGGAGUCUACCACGUGAUCUUCAUCUACUGCGCCGUCAAGGGCCACCGGGGCUUCCAGUUCUUCUACUUGCCCUAUUUCGAGAAGUGAGCCGCGGGCGGACCGCGGGGAUCCAGCCUCGCCUGCGAGCGGCCCCCAGGGGGCGCUCCUCGGCCCCGCCCCGCUCUGGUUUCCUCAUCUCAAGGGAAGGACUGCAGGACCCUCGAGCCCCCAGCCCCCUCGAAGUUUGCUC